AUGGAACACGGAACCAUCGCCUCAUGGACGAAGAAGGAAGGAGACAGUUUCGGCCCUGGUGAUGUGAUAUGUGAGAUAGAGACGGACAAGGCCGUGGUCUCCUUUGAUGCUCAGGAUGAGGGCAUUCUUGCCAAGAUUCUUGUCCAGCCAAGUGCCGGAGAAGUCCGUGUCGGGCAACCUAUCAUGGUCACAGUCGAGGACGCCGCCAAUGUGGCCGCCUUUGCCAAUUUUUCCCCCGACGCGGCAGAACCGGCGCCCCCCAAGGCAGCCGCCCCUUCCCCCGCCGCCUCCACGCCUGCCCCUUCGACGCCGUCUCCGCCGCCCUCCCCCCCUUCCUCCCCUCCGACCUCGGCCGCCGCCGGCGUCUCCCUGCUGGGUUAUCCUGGCCGCGUAUUCGCCAGUCCGCUGGCCAAGACCCUCGCGGGACAGCUCGGUCACGACCUACGUGCGAUCCCUGGCACGGGACCCAACGGGCGGGUUUUGGCAGCGGACGUGCGCGAAUACGUCCCGCCCGUCGUCGCGGAGAGGCCCACUGAAACGAUUCCGGCCGAAGCAGUUCGGGCCAGCGCGCCUGCACACGCCUCCACCGUGGAGAAGGUGGCCGGUGCCCCCAUACACGGCGCGGGGUUCACGGACUACCGGGUGUCGGAGGCGGGGCGGGGAGUGGCGGCGCGCCUGACGGUGGCCAAGCAGACCGUCCCACAUUACUACCUGACUGUGGACCUGGAGCUGGACAAGCUCCUGUCCUUGCGAGAGACGCUGAACAAGGAGCUGGGCGAGAAGGAGAUGGGCCUGUCCGUGAACGACUUUCUCUUGAAGGCGGCGGCCUUGGCGAGCAAGAAAGUCCCGGAGGCCAACGCGUCCUGGCACGGCGACUUCGUCAGGCAAUACCACGCCGUAGACGUGAACUUGGUUCUGGGUGUCGGAGAUGGGCUGCUCGCUCCCGUCAUCCGCAAUGUGGACAGCAAGGGCUUGCGGGCCUUGUCAGCCGAAGUGGCUGGGCUUGUAGGCGGCGCAGAGAGGGGCGAGCUGUCAGAGGAGGCGCUCCAGACUGGCACCUUUACCUUGAUCAAUGUGGGUAUGUACGGUGUGAAGGCCGUCGCGCCGAUCGUCAGCUUGCCCCAGGCCUGUGUCUUGGGCGUGGGGGCAAUCGAAAACCGGGUGGUGCCAGCCGCCGCGCCUCUGAAGGGGGAAGCAGCGGGGGAGGGGGAGGGAGAGGUCUACCGUGUCGUGCCCGGGGUCACAGUGACGUUGAGCUGUGACCACCGGGUGAUUGAUGGUGCUGUAGGUGCGCAGUGGCUGAGUGCCUUCAAAAGCCUGGUGGAGGAGCCCAUGACUCUUUUGUUGUAG